AUUUUUAUACAACAUUUUCUUAUACCAGAAAGGGGUCAGUAUAACUCUGUUUAACGUCAAACCCUUCCCAGCCUUUCGUGCAUGUAAACGCUUCGUGGAAAUGCUAGGCAGUACUCCCCAUACGCUGUGUUAGUCAGCGCCGAUUCCCUGAGAAUUAUAGUACGACUUCGCCAUUUUGGCAGAAACAAUUGCACAUAAGCAUUAACGACGGUAUAAAAAGCACCAAAUCCAUCUGAGCGCAAUACACAUUCCGAACAGGCAGUAUUCAUGCCAAAUCCCAGCGCGCCCUCCGAAACGUCUAUUGCUGUUAACUCGUUCUUCGGCAAUCCCGGCGAUGACAUUCCCCACCUGCAUAUGGAGAUACCGCAAACCUCCACGGAGGCUUACCGCGACGAUCCGCCCUCGUAUAAGAGGUCACGCACAACAUGCCGCUGCUUGACGCGAAUAGAGAAGAAUUUUCCAAGGAACCCGCUAAUCUCCCUCUGCCGCCAUUGUAUGAAGAUCUUUUUGGGCCCGGGCAACCGCCAGCGUUUGUCCCUCCUGAAGGACGGGACUGGGAAGAUCCCAGAGUGGCCUGUGAGGAAUUUUGUAACCCCAUGAACUGCUGCCGCAUGGUCGUGCAGUGCGGUAUUAUCAUGGGGAUCGUCUUCCUGGUUCUGGCAGGCACUACGCUGACCCAUGAAACGUGGCCGCUUUGGGCCGGGGGCGUGCUGUUGGGAGUGUUCUAUUUGUGGUAUUUCAUCGAUACUUGCUGCUAUAAUUCAAUAUGAAAUUCCUCAGCAAUGUCUUGUCGCUGGCGGAACUUGACCAACAUGUGCAAUGCGUCCGAUCAGCAAAGGCGGAGAUUGCAUGGCACAUGGAAUGCUACCACCACGAGACGCGCACACGCACGGUGACCACCGGUAGUGGAAGCAAUCGCCACACCCGCACGGAAACCUACACUGUGAAGGUGACCACUUGGAGGGGAGAUAAAUCCUUCGAGUAUGCCUCUUGCGAAGAGGUCUCCAGUCCUCAACAACUGGAUAAUAUCGAAGCUUUCAAGCAGACACGAAUUAAGUUCUCCAAGCAGUUCGUUAUGACCGACAGCGCGACACGAGCGGCUUUUGAAGGGCAACGGGAUGAGUUUGUUGCCGCCAACCGCUAUCGGGACCGAGAAUACAGCCUAACCGAGUCGUUUGAGAUUGCCGGGUUUGAGAAGGCCCUGAUGGCUUCGACAACCGAGGAGAAGCCGUUCUUUUUACAGUGUCACUGGUAUGUUCUGGCAGUGUUGCUGUUGCUGGAACUGCCGUUUAGUUUGAUGAUCAAGAUGCAGUCACGGCGGAUGGAUUAUGCGUACGUAAAAAAGCUCGGAAUAUGGUAGGAAAAUAGAGUUUAAUGUCUUUCACUGAUAUUGAACGUUGCUGCAAAUCGCUGUUCAUUGGAUCUACCAACCAUAUUUUUACACUAAUUUUCUUAAGAAUGUUAGAGGGUUUAUAACCAUUUAUGAAUAAGAUUCUCUGCGGGAGAUUAUUAUCGGCCAACAUGGACGGUCACUACUUCUUGCUCUGGUCAGUGGCAACGCAUAAAAGCGGCAACGUCCAGUUACAUUUUCAGCAACAACAUGAUGUCCCCUUCCGCCCACUCUUUGCAUCAGAGGAGCAGGGAGCAGCAGGCGCCCAGGAGGGGACCCGGAUAGCAGAGGGAAGGCAUUGUAGAUUUAGCUGAUGUUUUUUGUUCUUCGCUUUGUCUCGUGGCUUCCUGUCUGUUGUUUCCCAGCGUAUAAGGCAUACCUGCGUGUGCGCAGGCGUUGUUUGUUUUUGCUCUCACGCGGGUUGUUAUGUUGGCUUCGGUGGGCAGAGUCGCCCACCAGGGAUUUUUUUAUUAAAAUCCAUCCCCCAUGCACGGGUGUUCUGUUUGUUCUGCGCCAGCAGUCAGAAACAAUAAUAUCCACAACUUCUGUUAA